GUAACGGAAAAGGAGGGGGCUCACGGCCAGAGGGAAGGAGAGGUACCCGGACUCCUCUUUACAUGAGCGUUCCUGUUAUUGUUAUCAGUGUGGUGGAUAGAUAUUACUGCUUCUCGAAUUCAGAGCGCCUGUAGGUCGCCCGCUGUCUCCACGAGCUCGUUUGGUCAGUUGAACGGGAGCUGACAUGUCAGACAUAGUUCCUCCAGAGGUUAGACCCAAACCAGCUGUCCCUGCCAAACCCCCAAACGUGGGGGCUCCUUCUCCUUCUAGCCCCUUCCCACCCCAGGGCCUGGGUGUCGGAGGAGGCGGCAUCUCUGCUCCCCCACCGAGCGCCAUUCCAGUUCCCAUUGGAAGUCAUGGUCCGAGCCACGGUGGCAGUCACAGCGUGGGUCAUGGCAUAGGACACAGCGUUAGUCACGCUGGAAGUCACGCUGCACCACACAGCGGCGGUCAUGGUCACGGUGGCUCCCACAGCUCCAGCGGGGGAUCCACUCUGCUGGGAUACAUUGGUAUCGACACCAUCAUUGAGCAGAUGAGGAAGAAGACCAUGAAGACGGGUUUUGACUUCAAUAUCAUGGUAGUAGGUCACAGUGGUCUGGGAAAGUCAACCCUGGUGAACACCUUAUUCAAGUCCCAAGUGAGCAGGAGGAGUGCAGGAUGGGCUCGUGAUGAGAAGAUCCCCAAAACUGUGGAGAUCAAGGCAGUGUCUCACGUUAUUGAAGAGGGUGGUGUGAAGAUGAAGCUGACAGUUGUCGACACUCCGGGCUUCGGAGACCAAAUCAAUAACGACAACUGCUGGGAACCCAUCUCCAAAUACAUCAAUGAGCAGUAUGAGAAGUUCCUGAAGGAGGAGGUCAACAUCACCAGAAAGAAGCGAAUCCCAGACACCAGGGUGCACUGCUGUCUCUAUUUUAUCUCCCCAACUGGACACUCUCUUCGACAGCUAGAUACUGAGUUCAUGAAGCGCUUGAGUCACUCGGUCAACAUUAUUCCCGUCAUUGCCAAAGCAGAUACACUGACCAUUGAGGAGAGACAAGAGUUCAAGCAGAGGGUAAGGAAGGAGCUGGAGAUGAGCGGGAUUGAAUUUUACCCACAAAAAGAGUUUGAUGAUGACAUGGAAGACAAGAGUGACAACGAUAAAAUCAGAGAGGCGAUGCCCUUUGCUGUGGUGGGGAGUGACAAAGAAUAUCAAGUGAACGGCAAACGGGUUCUGGGGAGGAAGACAGCGUGGGGAAUUGUGGAGGUUGAAAAUCCAAACCAUUGUGAGUUUGCUCAGCUGAGAGAUUUUCUGAUCAGGUCUCACCUGCAGGAUCUGAAGGAAGUCACUCAUAACAUUCACUAUGAAACGUACCGUGCCAAGAGACUGAAUGAGAACGGAGGUCUGCACCCCAUAUCGUCCGCUGAUACCCAGGAGAGCAACCUGUAGUCAGAGAGAGAGUGAAAACAAUGAGUCCAAUAGAUGAAUCUACAAAAUACUAUAAUCCUUAUCACCACAGCAUUGCUGCAUGCGUGGAAAAGAAAAUUAAUGUGUUGAAUUGGUGUCAUUUAAUCCCCAAACUCCACCCAUCCUUUUCUUCAUAUUCUUCCCCACCAAGCAUAUCAAACCCCUCUGUUACCAUUUUCCAUUCAUCCCAGUGAGUGUUUGGAGGAAAGGACGGCCGGAGACUUAGUGCCAUUAUAGAAGUAAGGUUUUUUCCACUGCCAGCGCCUUUUCUCAUUGUUCAGAGUGUACAUGGAAAGUGCUCGUGUCUCUCGUGUACAGGAGGCUGAUUUUUAAGCCUGUGUGUUGUGUAGCAACUGACAGCCGAGUUUAGACAAACAAAGUGAUUUGCUCUAAAUAUUAAAAUCAUAAUUCCUGUGUAGCAACGGUGCAUUAGCCGGCUCUGCGGCUGGCUCUGUUGAAAUUGCCAAUUUUAAAUUCUCAGCAGCAGCUGUUCAUUUAAAGGAAGAAUCCCAGCGGCUUUACUGUCAAGAGGGUUUAACGAACAUUACAAGCUGUGCUGCCUUCUUUAAUAACCGAGUCCACGAAGGAAAAUAAUGAACUUUCUCUGAUAUUCCUUUGCCCUGUUGAAGUUUGAUUUUAAGAUUUUCAAAGAGUUUACUCACACAGGCCUGCAUACUAAGACUGAAGAGUUACAGCAUUAGUCACAUGUAAAAUGCAGUUUAUAAGGAGUGCACAUGGUGAGUGACUGCUCGCUGCCGAUUCAGUGAUUCACGGUAACAAACACAAAUUUAGCUGUUCAUGCAGAUGCAGCUCACCGUGUUUUGUUUCAGCAUGGUGCUCAUACAGGAAACUGCAUCUGUGUUCACUUGCAGCAGUGAGCUGUGCUCUUGCAGUUCCACCAUGCAUAUUUUAUCAAGGUUCAGACUGAUUUUUGUUAGAUGUUUCCUGUUUAAAUAGUUGACAGGCAAUAGAUGCAGGAUUUAUAACAAAUUGCAUAUACAAGCUUUCUCAGCUGGAAUGACUUGUUUUUGGUCUUUGAGAGCCACUACUGUCAGUGCAAACGUUGUUUUGUUUAAAUAUUUUUGGUUGUUGUUUUUUUCUUUAUCAUUACCAUUCAUAGCAAGUAGCCAUUCAAUAAAAUAUUAUAUUAAACCCGAAAGAAAUCCCAUCACUGGUUUGGUCAUCGCAUCUUUUUUUGCACACAGGAGAGCAGGAGAAUUGAAAUAUUUUUGAUAUAUUUGUAUUAAUAUUCAAUUCCUGCUCUGCACCACUUGGUGGCAGCACGCUGCCACAUUAAAGAAGUUAAACAGCUUUGGAGCAGCUCCGUCUGCCCCAGAUGUUCUGACUGCUGAGAUUUUUUUUCUUAAAUAUGUCACAUCCAGUUCUGAUGAAGUUUACUCUUCUGCUGUCAGCAGCAAAGACAUUGGGUUUACAAAAAACUUUGAUAAUAUCACUCUUUUCAUAAUAUUAUAACAUUGCCAUGGUGUUUACCAGGUUUUCUUCAGGAACUAAAUAUGAUAUUCUGCCACAUGCUGUCUGCAUUAGAACACAAACUACAAAUCUUUUAACAUAUCUCAAUCUUUUUUUAAAUCCAUUCAGCCUUUUUAAUCAAUCAUAUGUAUUUGUAUGAUUUUGAAAUCAAGUGUGUGCAACAGUAUGGUAGUAGUUGUCCGUGAUUUUAGUGCAGUCAGAGGUUUUCGAGCAGAAAUCUGAAACCGUGUUAAUGAACCAUUCUUCCUACUGUGUUUGUGUGCAUGCUUGUGUUAAUAUUGCCCAUUUGAUUACAGCCAGUCGGUUCACUCAUUCCUGCAACUUCACAUCCACUCACAGUUACUGUGUUUCUGAAUGUGUGAUGUGUAAAUUUAAUUGAUAUAUCAUAAGGUAAAGCGCUGCUGUCUUACCCCCAAACUAAGCUGAUGGCCCCCACGCACACACGUAUCACCCAGCCCUGUCACUCAGUGAAAACUCGCAAUGUACAUUUAUUUAACAACUUCUCACAAAGUUGCUGUGACACACUCAUGUAUGAUUUCCAGUGUUGUAUGGAGUUAUUUUUACAUUAUGUCUUAUUAUUGUAACUUAUUCUUUAUUUAAUAAAAACACAUGAUCAAGUUC